AUGUUGACUAAAACUGCGUUACCAGUGAAAAAAUAUUUUCUAAGAGCAAAAGCAGGAGCGUCGAUCAUGGGACCACUGCUCCAUUCGACUUGGAGAGCCUCAGGUCCAAGGUCGAAGGCAGGUUUCAGAGCCUUGAUAAACUCACAAGAGCUGGAGACCUUACUACGUGCAAAGGUCGCGUGUCUUUCGGAACGUCAUGAUGACCACAUUAAGGACGAUUUUCUCCGGAGGACGCAUAGGUGUUAUUACGCCCUACCGUCCUUGAACCAACCAUAA